AUGACAGUUCAGGAAUCAUUAUCUUGCCCCCUAUCCGUUCCACGAAACAGCGGCAGAGGGGGGCGGUAUUCUAGCAGGGGGGGCGGGGACAGCAGCUACGAGGGGCGGGGGGGGCGGGGGGGGUACAACCCUGCGGGGAGGGGGGCGGGCGGGGGGCGAGGUCCCGGUCGCGGGCACGGGGGCGACACGAUCACCUUCAGCGUCUGCAAGUUCUACGCGGCGGGGAACUGCGACCGCGCGGCCAGCUGCCGGCACCGACACGCGGUGCAAAAGGUCAGCGAGGCCGUCGUGUCGGAGGAAUCGGAUGGCUUCCGGGGGGCGGUGCGGUCCCUCGUGCAGUGGAAGGACAAGCCAGACCACGUCUUUUCGGCCUGCGACGAUGGUACAGUAAAGAUGUGGUCGACAACGGACGGGUCUACGUGGACUCAGGUGACUUCGGUCCAGAUGACCGAGUGGCGGCACGUGGGCGACCUCCAGGAGGUUGAAGGCGUGCUUUAUGUUGGUUACGGCACGCCGUACGCCCACUUGGCGGACGUGACGGUGGACGCCUUGAGAGUAAUGGACCUCACCAGCGGCAGCACGCAAGAAGUCGUCAGCUCCGUCACCGGCUUUGCGCACGCCUCGCGUAUAAACCGCAUCAUGGUGGCGAAGGUCGGGGCGGAGCCUAGGGUGUACACCGGGGACGAGGAGGGACGAAUAACCGCGUGGGCACGACCAAGCCCGGGGGCGCCCUUCGCCCAGCUGGCCCAGCUCGAAGGACACGCGAGAGCGAUCACUUCCCUGGUGUCGACCGCAAGCAACGGCAUGCUCUGGUCGUCGUCAGAGGACGGCACGAUCAGGAUUUGGAACACCGGCACCAACGCCUGCGUGCACACCAUCACAAAGGAUAACGGGGGCCACGAAGGCCCGGUUGCCGCUCUGGCGAUCGGGCAGAGCGCGGCCGAGGGCACCUUGGCGGAGUACGUGAUCAGCGGCAGCAAGGACGGGACGAUGGGCGUGUUCCAGGCGGCGGACGGGGGCUUGACCUACAAGCACAAGUGUGGGACCGGUGUCUCCGCCAUCGCCGCGUUCGACCCCACCCCGGGCACGAGCGCCCUCCUGCUCGUCGGUUACGAGGACGGAACGAUCGCGGUCCGAAAUUUCCCCGAGUUCGCGCUCGCCUUUGAGAUACACCCUACCUCCCUCUACGUCGGACACUCAAAACCCGUGCUCGCCCUCCUGCCCUUCAACAACCCGUCCAUCGACGACGGCUACUUUUUGUCGGCCGGAGAGGAUGGGACGAUGAUGUGUUGGAACGUCCACAAGCUCACGGAUCCCUCUCCUGCCAAGUAAAGUAAUAAGUACCCUUCGGGCUCCCCACAAAGGGGGGGGGUAGCGGUAUGUAGAAUUGCCGUGGGGCGUCGGUUGCCCGUGAUCUUCGAGAGGGCGGGGGCACAGCGGUAUGU